CCAUAUUCAUUUUUUUCAAAAUUCUAACCGCCUCUCUCGCCGGAAACUCGGAUUUUCCCUCUUCUUCUUCAAUUUUACGGCCAUAACUCCCUCUCCCGACCUCCAAAUCACGAACCGCGACCGCCCCCACGCUCCUGGCGUCGAGGAGCACAAUCCCCAAAGAUUUGGGCUUGUUUGGCCGAGGUUGGGUCGCCGACGGCGAGUUCUCCGGUGUGUUUUCCGGCGACUUAGGGUGUUUUCUUCCACUUUCUUCACCUCUCUCGUGGUCUCUACUUGCGUCUCCAGGUGUGUUCUCAUUGUCUUUUCUUUUAUUUCUGGAGAAUCGAUACCUAGAGUUAGGUGAAGAACUUGUGAUUGUGGUAUGAUUUGCGGAUGAUUGGGUAGGCCGAUGACGCUCUCUGCUUGUUCUAUUUUUGCCUCGGGAUUUCAGUCAUUCAGCCUACCAUUUGCAUGUUGCAUUGUAUGCGGGCUUGUGUGGUUUGUGUGUGGUGGCUCGAUUGGUGCUUAUUUAGUACGGUUUUGGUAUGCUUGUUUCACCGGGGCCUAGUCCACUGUCUGAAUCGCUCGAUUUGAGGGUCCCCGGUGUGUUUUGUUGUGUGAUUCUCGUGUGAUGGGUAUGCUUGUUUCGCCGGGAGUCUAGUCCACUGUCCAUAUCUUUCGAUAGGAGGGCUCCCGGUGUGGUUUUGGCCUAACAUUGACCCUGUUCGCUUUUGUACCAUUUGUACUUGUGCUUUGCAGGAUCAUGGAAGCCUACCUCGACCAGUUGAGCAUCACCCAACGCCAUCUGCUGCGGACCAUCCGUAACCGCACCAUCGCCGAGCACCUGCACCUCGAUUUUGAGGUGUUCGAGGCGCUUCAUGUCAGGCCGCAGAUGGAGGCCGUGGUUCUCCCCUAUGGUUGGCGGCGCCUUCUCUGCCUCGCCGAACCGACCUACCAGGAGCUCGUCUGGGAGUUCUACGCUUCUUUCAGCCAUGCCUUGAAGGGGUCCGCCGACCAUGCUGAUGCGGUUCGUUUCACACUCGGCGGGGUGGAACACUCCGUCAUUUACUGGGAGUUCGCCACUGCACUUGGACUCAACUCCCUGCACUCCAGCGACCGGCCCCUACGCUUGGACCUCUCUGAUCCCACCGACUUUGCUUCCCAGGCUUACUUCCACCGAAUUUGCCUGCCGAACCAUGUGGAUGAACAGUACACUGCCAGCCAGACGCGGGCCGCUCUCCUUCGUUUGGAGUGGCGGAUCCUCAACCACUUGCUCACCAAUUCCUACACACCCAGCAAAGGUUCGUCCAACUGGGUCACACUCCGGACACUAUUCUUCAUGCAUGCGAUGGGUCGUUCUGAGGACACCAUCCAGCUGGGCUCUGUGCUUGCCCGGACGUUCACCAAAGCCGCCGCCAGCCAGAGUCGCAACCUUGUAUGUGGCCCUGUGAUCACCGCCUUGGCCCGCUACUACGGGGUCGACUUCACUGGGAUGACCUUGGUCCAAGGACCAACCCCGCUCAGCGAGGCCACCCUCCGCCACCAGCACAUGGUUGCUCGCCACGGGCGUGUGCACUGGAUCGCAGGCCUUCCUCAGCCACCUCUACCUGCAGCGGGUGACCAGCCAGAGUCGAGCGGAGCUGGGGGGACGUCGGGUUCCCCGUCGUGCUGUUCGUCGUGACCAGGCUCCUGCGAGCCCCUCCGCUGCUCCCCAGUCCCCUGCUCCCAGGUCUCCGACUCCCGGGUCUCCUCCUCCCGUGGUGGUGCCUAUUUCUGACUAGUUGGCGGCCAUCGCUCAGCAGAACGAGCGCAUCCUGGCCGGCUAGGAGCGCAUUCACACCCGACUCGAUCGUGAGCGGGACCGAGGGCGUCGUCUUAUGUCAGGUCAGCACUACAUCAUGUCCUACCUGGGCUUGGACCCGAAUGCAGUCCACUACCCGUUCGUGCAGUCCCCGGGGUAUGAGGACGAGUACCCUCCACCCACCGGCGAUGGUGGUGAUGCAUUCUAGUGGCGAGUGGCUGGUUCUGUGCCUCAUUUGUGUUCCAGACUAAGACUCCAUGUUUUUGUUGUUUCGUUUUGUUUUUUUUUUAUCUUGGAUUGUAGACCUGGAACUCCGGUUCUUUCACCCAGUGUGUGUCUUUUGUUGUCUUUAGCUCUGCGCCUUGGAUUGGUAUCCCUUAUCUGGACUGGUCUGCCUUCCAGUCCCCAUUCCUAUUCUCUUUUCACGGUAACAUCGUUCCCCUUCCCUCUGCUCCAUUGAGGACAUUGUCGCAUUUAAGUGUUGGGGGGGGGGGGUUCUUUGUAUGAAUUGGAACGUAUAUAUGUGUGUUUGGAGCCUAGUCCGCUGUCCAAAUCUUAAGAUUUGAGGGCUCCAAGCACUGCUGUUUGCCUGAUGUUUGAUCGUAUUGGCACUGGGAUGUGAUUAGUGAAUUGAAUGGCUUUUGACUUAUUGCAUGACAACUUGAGUGUGACUAAGACAACUUAUUAUGAUGACUGAGAUGUGCAGUAGAAUUGUGUAGGGGUUCAGUUUUUCAACUGUUUGCUUACCAACUGUGACUUGGAUUGAUCACUUGCUUUUGACAGUCAUUUAUGCAUCUAGUUCAGGGAAUCAGAACGAGAGAUAGAGCAUAUAGGUAGCCAUGUGAGACUUGAGCCUACUCGUUUCUUUCUUGUGCGAUAGUUCCCUCUUCCAUGAUGUGCAGCAUUCACGUUGUCAUUAGCUAAAAUGAUGGAGGCAUAGGAUUAGCCCACGACCAAAUUGACUGUCCUGGUGUGUCAUACCCCCUAGUCAGCCCCUUUGAGCCGUGUGUUACCCUUUCUUUCGGUCAAUAUGCAAAAAAUCACCCUUUUGCAUCUCUUAGAAGGUUCCACAGAGUGGUUUUUACAUGUUCUCUGCUAUUUCUGCUAAAUAUAAUGUGAGGGUUGGAGGUAGUUCUUAAAAAUUUGGGCAGGUGUUUGAAAAAUGUGCAGAGGUGGUGGUUCUCUUAAGAAAUGAAAAAAAAAUGAAUGAAAGAAAAACAAAGAAAAAAAAAUGAAAGCAAAAGAGAGCCACCACCAAAAAUCUUAAUAGUGCCCAUUAAGUAGUGUUUCUUAGCAGUCUGGCUUAGAAAUACUAGCAUUUAUGUGACCUCCUUCGCUCUUGUGCUCUGAAGAAUUUGAGUAAUGCAGAAUAGCAGAAAGAAAGUUAUUGGUUUGAUUGACUGUGAGUUUGUUGGGUUUGGAAAUGUGGAACCUUGUGCUAUGAAAACUUCCACCACCUAAAAGGCCUUUUCCCCAUGUCCAAGACCCUAGUCAGUCAUCUGAACCUGUGUCUAAGACCUCCGGAUUAGUUAGUGGUGACACCCCAUAUGUGAAUUCUAGCAUUUAGAGGCUGCAUUCAUGGUGAAGAGACGUUAGGGAUUGAGAGAAUAAGCAUGCGCAUUUUUC